AAACUUGUGGAGAUAGUGAAGUUGUGGUUAUCUAAACAUUUCAAAAACGAAAUAUUGUUCAUUAUUACCACUAAAAUCAGAACCCUGAAUGUAAGGCCACAAGUUUUUUGUUCUUAGAGUUACAAAAAGGGUCCAUUAAAAUGUGGGACUCUACAAUGUUCUUAAGUACUUUAACACCUAAGUUUUAUGUGGCACUGACUGGUACAUCAUCCCUUAUAUCAGGCUUGAUCCUGAUCUUCGAAUGGUGGUACUUUCGAAAAUACGGUACCUCCUUCAUAGAACAAGUGUCCAUAAACCACAUUAGCCCGUGGAUAAGUGGAGAUUAUGGAGAGUCCACUACCACCAACAACACUAAUUCUACUACCAUGCCACCGCAAGUUCCAGAAUGCAAAGUGUGGAGGAACCCUUUAAAUUUGUAUCGUGGAGCAGAGUAUCAGCGCUUUUACUGGGCUACUAAUAAAGAACCUCUUACAUAUUAUGAUAUGAAUUUGUCAGCCCAAGAUCACCAAACAUUUUUCACCUGUGAAGCAGAUGCUGGAAAAGCCGAAUAUGAAAUAAUGCAAACAGCUUGGAGAGAAAGAAAUCCGUCUGUGAGAUUGAAAGCUGCUCAUAGUGCUCUUGAAAAAAAUCCUGAAUGUGCGCCGGCUUAUAUUCUCCUAGCCGAGGAGGAAGCUACAACUAUAACUGAAGCAGAAAAAAUUUUAAAACAAGCUCUGAAAGUAGCUGAAACGAACUACAGAAAAUCACAGGCGCUGCAACAUCAAGGCAGUCUGAUGGAAGCGCAGCACAGACGUGACACAAACGUUUUGAUUUACAUUAAAAGACGCCUUGCUAUGUGCGCGAGAAAACUAGGCAAACUCAAAGAAGCCGUGAAGAUGUUUCGAGACCUAACAAAAGAAGUCCCGCCAAUAAUGAAUGUUUUAAAUAUUCACGAGAAUUUAAUAGAAGCGUUAUUGGAGAUGCAAGCAUAUGCGGAUGUCCAAGCAGUCCUAGCCAAAUAUGACGAUAUAUCCUUGCCAAAAUCAGCUACAAUCUGCUACACAGCAGCCUUACUAAAAGCGAGAUUAGUAGCCGAUAAAUUCUCGCCAGAUAUCGCCAGUAAAAGAGGCUUAAACACAGCAGAAAUGGCGGCUGUGGAAGCGAUACAUCGAGCGGUUGAAUUCAAUCCACACGUUCCUAAAUAUUUAUUAGAGAUGAAGCCGUUGAUCUUGCCACCAGAACACGUGUUGAAGCGAGGAGACUCAGAAGCCUUAUCAUACGCUUUCUUCCACUUAGCACACUGGAAAGCAGUGGACGGUGCCCUCAACUUGCUACACUGUACGUGGGAGGGUACCUUCAGAAUGCUGCCCUACCCCUUGGAAAGGGGCCACUUGUUUUACCCCUACCCCACCUGCACGGAAUGUGCAGACAGAGAAUUACUGCCGGCAUUCCACGAAGUGUCCGUUUACCCCAAGAAAGAAUUGCCAUUUUUUAUCAUCUUCACUGCGGGACUGUGCUCGUUUACAGCUCUUUUAGCCUUGUUGACUCACCAGUAUCCGGAUCUCAUGGGGAUCUUCGCAAAAUCCAUUGUGGGAUGGAUGUCGAUGCCUAUCUACUACCUGUAUGAGAAAGUCGAAGGGAUCUUGCCGUCGAACUUGCUGCAGCAGUUGAUACGGAUUUAAUAUUCGCUGACGUUUUUUUAAGUGUGUACGUUACACCACAAGGCUAAGGUAGUGAGCGGUCGAUUGCAAGGACAAGAAUCUGUUAAUUUUCUUUUAAAUGCCUGCUAUUAUGACUUUUUUUGCUUUUCAUUUCAACAUGGUGAAUUAGAAACCUAAUAAAAAAAUUGAAGAGAUUAAUAAUUGUGUACUGUUACCUUCAUGUUUGUGCAGUCUGACCCAAGUGUUUUAAUUUUGUGUGUAAUAACUUGUUCAUAGAAGCAUCGCUAUAAGUUGUGGUAUUAUUGAAAGGUUUUGCUGAAGUUUUACAGGUCCGCCACAGUGAAAACACGUUUUGAAUCUCUAUUAAAUAAGUAAUAAAGUGGCAAUGAGCAAGAAA